AUGCCAAUCUCUCUUCAUAUUCGAGAAUUUAUUUCUUUUUUCUUUCUUUUUUAUUUUCCCGUCCUUCGUUUACAUUCCAUUGUCAUUUUUUUUCUAUCUUCAUUUUUCUCAUCAUUUUCAUCAUUUUUUUCUCCAUUUUCUCCUUUCGCUUCAUUUUCUCCUUUUUUGUCACCAUCUCUUUUCACUUCUUUUUUUCUUUUCUCUUCCUUUUCUUCUUUUUUCUCCCUCUUCUAUUUUCUUUUAUUUUUCUCGUUUUUCUCUAUAUUGUAUUUUAAUUUCUUUUCAUUCUUUUUCUCUAUCUUCCCUUUUUAUUUCUUAUCUUUGUCACUAACUUCUUUUUUCACCUUUAUUCUUUCUUUUUCCUCUAUCUUCUCUUUUUUUUUUUUUUUUUUUUUUUUUUUCACUUCUUUCUUUCUUUUUUUCUUCUUUUUUUUAUUUCCUUUUUUUCUUUUUAUUUCUUUUUUUUUUUUUUCUUUCUCUUUUCUCCUUUUUUUUUUCUUUUUUUCUCUAUCUUCUCUUUUUCAUUUUUUUUUUUUUUCUUUUUUUUUUUUUUUUUUUUUUUUUUUUUUUUCUCCUUUCUUUUCUUUUUUUUAUUUUCUUCUUUUUUUUUUUUCUUUUUCUCUUUCUUCUCUUCCACUUCUUUUCCUUCUUUUCCUAUCUUCUCUUUUCAUUUCUUUUCCUUUUUUUUAUCUUCUCUUCAUUUCUUUUUCCUUUUUUCUCUUUCUUCUCUCUUCCUUUUUUUUUUCUUUUCUUUUUUUUUAA